CUCAUAUUUGACGGCCCAACAAGCAUUAACCUUACGGCCCAUUGGUUUGUUCUUCUGAAUCCGAAACCCUAAAAUAGACUUCCUCCUUCGUCAUUUGUUUCUCUCGUAUCCUCACCUCCCAACGCCGUUCGUAUCACAUUUCUUCUUCCCUCACCACCCCUAAAAAUGCCAAAGCAAAUCCAUGAGAUCAAAGACUUUCUUCUCACUGCAAGAAGAAAGGAUGCCCGCUCUGUCAAAAUCAAAAGGAGCAAAGAUGUAGUCAAGUUUAAGGUUCGCUGUUCCAAGUACCUUUACACGCUCUGCGUCUUUGACUCGGAGAAGGCUGACAAAUUGAAGCAGUCUCUUCCACCAGGUUUGAGUGUGCAAGAUCUUUGAAGAAGUAGUGAACGAAUUUUGGAGAUUUAUAUGGAAAAACAAGGGCUGAAGGAAACGUUUGCCAGUUAUUUUUCUUUCUUAUUUUCAAUCAUCUGCUGUGUUGAAUGUUCGGAUUUUUAUAGGGACGGCUGUUCUUGUCACGAGUAGGAGUUGGACUGAACUUUUAGCGUUUCUUAAAUUUUAUGAACCGUUCUCAGAUUUUGAACUGUUUGAGAUUUGUCCAUCAUUGAAUCACAACUUCUAUCAUCAUUUUGGCC